GAAGUGGAACGUUGAGCGUACGAUCGAGAGCAUGCACAUGGAAAUGUCUCUUACCGGCGUUCUCGAACUACCAAAUGCUUCUAUGAAAUCAAGUCUGGGUCUUCUCUACAUUCGAGCCGUCUUUGAGGUAUGUGUUGGUUUAUGAACCGCGCCUGGAAAUUAGGUUGUGAAUGCAAUCAAGUGAAAAGGUUUGUUCGAUCUGCUCAUUACUAUGUCAAGCUAGCGUUCGCGCAUGGUAGAACUCAACAAAGAAACAAUAAAUAUUUAUAGGCUGCUUUAUUUAUGCAUUUCAGUUUGACGUUUUAGUGCAUCAUAUGGCGUUUUGGAGCAUUAUGACAGAUUCUAUCGAUCUAUCUAGUUACUACACUUUUACUAUAUUAAAACCAUGCUAUUUUCUUAAGGGUUCUCCAACAUUCUAUUAAAAAUGUAAUAUAAUGUAUUAAACUGCAUUCUGCAUCUAAGAUAACCUAAAGCUCUUAACACUGAAUUGCAAUCACUUAUAAAAAAUUAACCCACAGGCUUACUACAGUAAUCAUAGUUUAACCGUGAUAUCUAGUAAAACGAUGGCAAUGCAAUUGGUAAUCAACCUUUCAAAAACCCAUUUAGUAUAGUAGACCCAAAUCCUAAGGAUCUCACAAGAUGUAGUAUGUUAUAAUUGUAAGUCACAGCAACAAUGUUACUGUUUUCAACUGGAAACUCAAUUGUGUGAUGGUCAAUUUAGUUAUUCCUGAUGAUGCUGACUGAUGGAGUCUCAGAGUUUAUUCUCUCUCACUGCAGCGCGUGAGCCAGGUGACACGAUUAUGUCGGGUUUUUGGCACCAGGACUCGUCAGAGAACGGAAACCUCAGUGGCAUGAAAAUGAACGGCGAGGACACUGGUAUAGGAGGUCCAACCCCAGCAGUGGUGGGGUAUUUGGGAAAAUGUGACGACAAAAAUGCCUCACCUGGGAAUUGUCCUUGGUGCUUGGCAAAAGGUCAGACAAAUGCCCUGCGACAUUACUCCAUCAACUUGGAGGAGACCAUUUUGCUCUGUACAAGUCCAGCGUGCCUUUAUCCCCUGGUUAGCAGACCUCUGGAAGAUGUGCGUGCUGGUUUGUCUAAAGAUCAAGAUAGAUGCAAAAGGAAAGCCUCGGUCCUGUCUAAUGUCGAAGAGUUGUCGUCCCCUGCAAAGCGCUUAAAAGAUGAUAACCUGGACACAUUGUCUGCUGUCGAAGACUUGUCCUCUCCUUCAAAGCGCUUAAAAGAUGAGAACCUGGACACAUUGUCUGCUGAUCCUGAGUCACAUGAUCUCAAUAGUUGCACUCUUUCGAAUCACACUGAAAUGUUGACUGGCGACCAGUUGAUGCUUGAAAACAACAUUGUCUCUGUUAAUGGCACUGAGAAAGAAAAUCCCGAAGAGGAACCUAAUGUGGAUCUAGAUUUGGGUGGCGAGAACGUUGGUGGCGUAUCUAGCACUCAAGACGAGAUUGAGGAUGUGAUGGAAUUAGAUGUUCCUGAAUUGGAUGAAGCUGCGGAAACAUCAGAAGAGUUGGUGCCUUUGCAUCUACCGCUCUUCUGGAAAAAUGAAAAUAACCUGUGUUGGUUGGAUACAUUAUUGACAAUGCUUGCGAACAGCAGGACGAUCAGAGAAGCUCUGUGUCGGGAUGUAAAUCUAACAGACUCUAUACUCAGGAAAUUUUAUUUAACGUACGAUAAGACGUGUGCCUACGUAGAAGCCAAAGAACAGCAGUGGGAAGACAAGGUAACCAGAGUCCCUGCUAGUAUCCUGAAUGAAGCGGAGCGACGGCUUUCUGCUCUUCGAAUGUCUCUCUUCAAACUCCUUCAGCCUACACUCCGAUGUGAAAUUGGUCAGGAGGAAACACCUGUUUUUGCUCUCCCUCUUCUUCUGCGGUCUGAUAAAUGGGCUCAGGAUCUUUUUCAGCACACCGUCUGCUGGGAAUUUAAAUGCAAAAGUUGUGGCUAUUCUCUCAAUGAAAGUGUUGAGAAGACUCUUACGACAUUAACUCAGAUUCUGUCUCACUGGCACCCGCUGAAUGCGACCCACCACGCUCAGUGCAGUAAUUGUAACCGUAAAAACCAGAGGAGGAAAAUGGUGCUGGAGAAGUUGUCCUCCGUGUUUGCUCUUCACUUCGUGGAAGGUCUGCCAAGAAAAGACCUCUCCAAAUAUUCAUUUGAGUUCCAGGGCUUACACUACAGUGUUAGCACUGUUAUCCAAUACAAUAAACUCCUCAAACACUUUGUCACUUGGAUCCGCCAGAGUAACGGAACGUGGCUGGAACUUGAUGACUUGAAAUACCCUCGCAGCUACACCCACAGAAGGUUUAUGGUCCCUGCCAAAGAAAUUCACAUUGUUUUCUGGGAGGUGGAGUCGGAAAAUAAAGACGUUUCAGAGAUCUGUCCACCAACACCUACAUCAGUCACGAACACUAACAACAAACACCAGCAUAAACUGUCACAUACUGCCGCCGAUGACUCCCUAAAUUCGGUGACUGUAAGUGAGGACACAGACCAUACUGCUGCCAGCACCCUAGAUGCAUCUAUAGGCAGCACCACCACAUUACUGGACCCCUUUAAGGGACUUUCAGAGACAGACGUUGUGACUCUCACUUUGGUUGAGGAGAAUUCAUUUACAGAAGCAACAAAGUUAAAGAGUCCAACCAUCGUAUCCGCAUCUAGUUCUGAUUGUCCAAGCUCCAAGAAGCCCCAGAGAUGCAGUUCUGGUCCAAAGGAACCUAAUUUGGUAACCUUACAAAUAUCUCAACCCUCACCAAAGUCAUCAGUAACUUUAGAAACACACACUCCUUCACCCCUACCUUCAAUAAAUAAAAAUCAAGGCGGACUUCAACACCUUUCCUUACUUCAGCGGCAUCCUUCUUUCCAGUCAACUCCAGUAAGACCUCCUGCACCUGUCCCGAAACCAAAACCCAAACCCAUUCUGAAGUGUGAAACCAAUGAAGCUCAGCCAGCAAAGCCAGCUGACAUGUACGGUGGUUUCUUAACUAAGAAGUUACCUGCUGUGUCUAGUCCAGAUGGAGCUGGAAAGAAUCCUUGCGUAGUACCUCAACAGAAACCAGUCGGGUUUCAAGGAAGCGGUAAAGUAUCCGAUGUCCUCAAAUUAGCCGGUAAGAAAACUCCGAGCCUUACGGCCGAUAACCAGCCAAUGAGCACUACGGAAGCCCUCAGGCUGCAGCUCAUGAAAAAGCUCAAGGCAAAGAAAAAGAAACUCGCCAAGCUAAACCAACUUCUGGGAGUCGCAGGAGAGUCUGCACCCACACCGGACAGCACAGCGUUGUCUUCACCAUACUCCGUUACUUCUAGUACCGUGGCCUAUGACAAUUCGGAGUAUGACCAGUUCUUUGCCGAGCUGUUGACGCCUGCGACGACCGCGAGCAACCUCUCGCCUGAUAGCUCGGGUCUAUUGGAUAGCUUAAGCAACCAGAACGGAGAGGCAACAAAUGGAGGUUUACAUGCAAGUUCUACUAUUGCACCUGUGGUGCAAGAACAAAGUCUCCGUUACCCGUCCUCUACUAACGAUUCUGCAGUGAAUGACUUUAUGAAUGCAAUCGAAGACUUUAUACCAUCGAAAAUGGAGCAGACUGCAGUUGAAAACACAGAUUUUAAUGCAUUAGAAUUAUUUUUCUGAUUUGGGCCUUGAGUUUUUAUGCCAAGUUUUCUUUUGCAGUUUUGUUAGGAAGACCUGUGCAUGAUCAGUUCAUUGAAUCAUAUUUUGAAUCAUUUUGUCUGAUUCACUUUAAAUAUAGAAUAAUACAUUAAAUGAAGAUCAAAAUAAUUCUUGUAACGUUUUGUACAGUUGUGUACAGAUUUUUUUUGUCUUGGAUGUUUUUUAUGGUUACCUCAAUAUUUAAAAAGUUUGUAUUAAAUGGUCUCCAAAACAGCAUUUUGUUGUAUUUAACUUUUUAUGCGAGUCUUGUAAUUUAGUAGGGAUAGUUCACCCAAAAAUAAACAUUUUGUCACUGUU